CUUGCACCGAAUGGGUUUUCCUCAGGACGACGACGACGACGACGAUCGUCGACCCAAGGGUUGUCCUUCCCCCACCGGUGCAGGGAAAUGAAUGGUGUGGGAGUGUGUGCGGGACGCGCUUCCUGCGCUGUGUUGUAAAGGCGCGUUUCUGUGUGUGUGUGCGAGCGAAGGCGGGGAAGGGAAUGCGAUAGGGAGGGCAUUUUCGGCAUUUUCGGCGUGUGUCUUGGUGAAUUUCGGGGCCACCCUCGCAGGCGCCCCGGUCGGGUCGCGCGCGCACUCUCGGGUCGGUGUCGGUGGUACAGGUUGGAAGAUUUUUAAAAUUUUGAUGAAUUCUCAGUCUUAUUAUUCAAUUUGCCAGCAGCGGUAGUACAGGCAGCAGCACUAGCACCAGCAGCACCAGCAACAGCACUGCGUCUUGAGUCGGUCAGUCAGUUGAACGCGCUUUCUCGGUGACCGAAGAAGUUGGUUCGGCGCGCGCGCUAUUGGGCUAUUGGGUGGGGAGCAAAUUUCUCCAUCCCCCUUCGAAAGCUUGUGACCCGAGUGCAGUGGCAAAAGUUUUUCAAUUAUCCAACGUUUAGAGGUGUUUUAAUAAUUAAUACAAAUCGGUCUACCGUCGCGCCGUUGCGACUCGAGUGCGCGCGCGAGAUUCGGGCGCAAGGAAGCCAACAGGGGAGUGAAAGAGGCUGAAAGAGUGCUGGGAAAUCUUAAUAACAGACCGAUUAAAAAGUGAUUACUCUACGGUGCAAUUUGCCUGUGAUUGACUAGCCGGAAGCUUGCCGUGAUCGAAUAGCUCUUCUUUUUGGGACAACAGGAACAUUGAAUGCUCUUAUAUGGACAUUGACACUCUAUAUCUGCAACUCCUUCUUUUGCUGAAGCAAGGAAUCUCCAAAGGGAUGAUGCCCAACUUCUACGAUGGCUCCCGUCCCACGAUGGUACCCACCGGCUCCAACCUGCCGGUGCUGCUGGGCAAUACCGUCAAUCAAGGGGAUCCAAACUCGAAGAAGCUGGCACACUUCGAUCUCGAGGCAACUCUGCAGACCAUCGAUAACGAAGUGCUCGAUGGUGAGGAAGGAAGCUGCCCAAUCUGCAACAAGACUUUCAGCCGGAAAACCUCCCUGCUCAAUCACAUCCGGAAUCACUCGGCGGAGAAGAAAUAUGUGUGCGAGUUUUGCCAAAAAGGUUUCACCCAGCAAGCUAAUCUGCGCAACCACGUUCGCAUUCACACCAACGAACGACCAUACGUGUGCGUCGACUGUGGAAAAGCCUUUACUCAGAUUACCAAUCUGAACAAUCAUCGACGAUUGCAUACGGGCGAAAGACCGUACGUUUGUAUAGAAUCAAACUGUGGCCGCUCAUUUGCUCAGGUCACAAACUUAAACAACCAUAUGAAAACGCACCACAAAACCACCCUGUACGUAUGCAACCAGUGUCCGCGCAAGUUUAGCCAAGUUACUCAAUUGAACCUUCAUUUAAUUACCAACCACAGUUCGACUAGAGGGUUUUUCUGUCCGCAGUGCCCCGAUAAGUCGUUCAAGCAGCAGUCGCAUCUGCAGCAGCACAUGAAAAUUCACGGGACCAAUUUCGGCUACUCGUGCACCAAGUGUGAGGAAAAGUUUAUACAAGAGUCGCACCUGCUGCUGCACAUGAAGCAGCACGGCGAUUACGCCUGCACCAUGUGCUCGAUGACAUUUAACGACGAGGUGCUGUUGAAGAAGCACGUGCAGAGGCACGUCGACGGGAGAUACCUAACCUGCCCGGUGAUUAGCUGCAGCGAAGGUUUCACCAUGAAGAACCACCUCACGAAGCACAUGCAGAUGCACCAUCCCGCCGUCGAUCUCAAGAAGCUGGGCGCUCUGCCCGACGGAAACAAGGCGCCGAAGCACUUCUGCCACUAUCACAACUGCAACGAUUCGUUCGACACGGCGGACGGGUUGAGCAAUCAUUUGCGGAUGGCGCACGGGUUACCGAUCGCCCUCCCACUGUCACUGCCGGUGGACGACAAGAAGCUGAUCCAGCACGGGCUGCACGGACUGAACGGGGGGAUCGAAACGCCACCGCCACCGUCGGUGCCACCGCAUCUGCUGCACUCGCAGCUGCAUCCGGCCGCCUCGGUGAUGAAUGCCAGCUUCCAGUCAUAUCAGAACCAGAUCAACCAGGCCAACCAGCAGCUGGCGAACGGCAACGGCAACGGGGACGGCAAGCUAAAGGUUCUAUCCGUAUCCGAUUUGCUCAAUAUAAGCGAGCAGCUGAACCAACAGCAACAACAAGUGCAAUCACAUCAGCAGCAGCAGCAGCAGCAACAACAACAGCAACAACAACAUCUACAUCAACAGCAGCAGCAACAACAGCAGCAGCAACUACACUUACAGCAACGACCAGACAUGGCCAUGAAAGUCGACAUCGAUCAAAACCUUGACGACAAGAUGAGCAAUUUCAAUAGAAUUAAGACGGAGCUGCAGGCCAACAUGCUGGCCCAGACGCAAAACCUGUUCGGCAUCUCGAACACGCUGAACAACACCUUCAACGUGCAGCCGAAGCUGAUCUGCACCUACUGCUAUAACGUCUUCAAGACGCCCCAAACCUUGUCCCGGCACAUUGAGAAGUUCCACAGCUAAAAGGGGACCGAACC